AUGAUAACUAAAUUGUAAGUUGGACACUUAUUAAUUGGAUUUACAGCAGGAUUUUAUUUUGCAAUUAACUUAGAUCAAGCAUAUUACUUUUCUUUGCAUCAUAAGUUAUUCUUGCCUUUGAAAGAAGAACUAAACAAAAGUGAGAAAACAAUUUCAACAAUAUUUAAUACUUUUAAAUAGGGAAUCAAGAAUGCUUAUGAUGAUAUUUGAGUU